AUGGUCAAGUUCGGCAAGAAGCUGCUGCUCAACGUCAACCCCGAGUGGGAAGGGCAAUACCUCGAGUACCGCCAGCUCAAGAAGGACCUGAAGAAGCUCACGCUCCGCUCCAAGGACCCGAACGACCCGCUCUUCUCCCCAAAGUUUGAGAAGAAGCUUGACGCGGAGAUUGAGAAGAUCGUGCUCUUCUUCCUUACGAAGCAAGGCGAGUUUGCGCAGCGGCUCGCGACGUACCGCCAAGCGCAGCAGUCGCUUCAGUAUGCGUCCGAGGCGCAGACCAUCGCGAGCCUCGCCGACGGGUACCGCAAGAUCGGCGAAGAGCUCGUGCAUUUGCUGCACUACGUCGAACUCAACGCGACGGGGCUUCGCAAGAUCCUCAAGAAGCACGACAAGAACAACAAGGCGCACAAGAUCACGGACAACUACAUUAGCACGCGCGUCGACGCCAACGUCUCGCACCUCCAGCAGCUCUACCACGACGAAGGUAUCUCGGCCAUCAUCGCGACGAUCCGCGUCGCGCUCAAGGACCUGCAGUCGCUCCAGGCCGACCUUGGUUUGCUGCCAUCGCCGCUCGCCGCGCCGACGCCGUCGUACAAGUCGUCGUCGACGACCCUCGUCAAGAUGGAGCGCUCGAUCAGUGAGACGGAGCCGAUUCUGAACAAGAUCUCGGUGGCGCGCCAGCGGUUCGUAUCCCUCUUCCAC